AUUUUUUUCGUUUUCAUUCUGUUUCAUCAAGAAUUUUAAUUCAAAAUGGUUAAAAAAGUCAAGAAGAUUGUCAAGAAAAAGACGGCACCAUUGCCAGCAGCAAUAGCAUCGAAAAUACAAAAGGAGAAAAAAGUUGUCGAUCCAUUGAUUCAGAAACGACCGAAAAAUUUCUCCAUUGGUGGAAACAUUCAACCGAAGCGUGAUUUGACCAGAUUUUUUAAAUGGCCAAAAUAUGUCCGUAUUCAACGUCGUCGUGCCGUUCUUUAUCAACGACUCAAGGUUCCACCAAGUAUCAACCAAUUUCGUGGUAAUCUUUUGGAUCGACAAACUGCUACUCAAUUGUUCCGUUUGUUGGAUAAAUAUCGACCGGAAACUAAACAAGCAAAAUUAGAACGUUUGCGUCAAAAAGCUAAAUCAAAAGCCGAAGGAAAAGAAGUAGCACCAACCAAACGCCCACCAGUCGUCAAAGUUGGCGCCAAUGCUGUAACUACGGCGAUUGAAAAGAAAACAGCUCAAUUGGUUUGCAUUUCGGCAGAUUGUGAUCCAAUCGAAGUCGUGCUUCAUCUACCAAGCUUAUGCCGUAAAAUGGGCAUUCCAUAUUGUAUUGUUCGAGGUGGCAGAUCUCGUUUGGGACAAGUUGCACGAUUAAAAUCCUGUGCCGCAUUAGCAUUGACACAGGUAAAUCCUGAAGAUAAGAUUGCAUUGACAAAUUUGGUGGAUGUUAUUCGAACCAAUUUCAAUGAUCGUUUUGAUGAGAUUCGUAAACAUUGGGGUGGUGGUGUUAUGUCGGCCAAAUCGCGGGCUAAAAUUGCCAAAUUAGAGAAAGCAAAGGCUAAAGAAUUGGGACAAUUAGAAGGCUAAACAGAGGAUGACAAAUAACACCAAAAUAAUAAAUAAAAUUUAACAUCCAUAAUUUAAAAAAA